AUGCCGACUUUUGUCCUGGAAAACUACCGCAGCCGCCGCCUUCGGCCGCCGCUGUGCCUGAGGUGGAGCCAUAAAAAACUCCUCUUUUUCCUCCUGAAAUGCGUGAUCAUGGUGUUCAUAAUGUCCCUCUUCCUCUUCUUCCUAGGUUUCGCCGCCAUCGUCCUCCUCCACUUCCUCUUCAUCUCCUCCGCUUUCCGCCGCCGCCUCCAUCCCGCCGCCUCCGCGGAGGCCUCUUCCCAUAUUCAAACCCUAAUCCCCGACGUGUCCUACGGAGCCUCGUUAUUUCCAGCGACCUCGGAUUGCGCGAUCUGCCUGGAUUCGUUUCGAGUGGGGGAUUUGUGCAGGAAUGUUCCGGCCUGCAAGCACUUGUUUCACUCUAAAUGUGUAGAUAGGUGGAUUAGAAAGAACCCGACUUGCCCCGUCUGCCGGACCCGGGUCGAUCUCGGGUUUCCUGAUUCUGAAAUCGACUGUGGAGAUCAGUGGAAGAGGCUUUGGGAUGUCAAUCUCGAGGAUGAUAGUUGA